AUGUUUAAAGAGGCUGUGGACCGACUACAAAGCUACUCUUUCGUAUCUCUUAGAAAGGAUGAGACAUUCGAAAUGCAUGGACUGGUACAGCUAGUGAUGCGAAAGUGGCUCGUAAUGCACAGAGAGGAUGAGAAAUGGAAGGCACAGUUUAUUAGGAAGCUGAACGCGGUGCUUCCAAACGGCAAUCACGAGAACUGGGCCAGAUGCGAGAUGCUUUUCCCACACGCAAAGUCAGCCGAGAGGCAGCAACUAAUGGAUGACAGGUCGGUACGAGAAUGGGCCCAGAUAUUACGGAAGGCGGGAUCGUAUGCUUGGGCCAGGGGAGAUUACCAUGAAGCCGAGAGAAUAUGUGAGAAGUCGAUUAGAGCGUUAGGAAAAUUACUUGGUAGAGAGGAUGUAGAGACGUCAUAUAGCUUAGGGAUGCUGGCGUCGACAUUUUGGAAUCAAGGGCGAUGGAAGGAGGCCGAAGAGCUAGACGUGCAAGUGAUGGAGACGAGAAAGAGAGUGUUGGGGCAGGAGCAUCCUUCUACGCUGAUCAGCAUGGGCAACCUGGCGUCGACAUUUUGGAAUCAAGGGCGAUGGAAGGAGGCCGAAGAGCUAGACGUGCAAGUGAUGGAGACGAGAAAGAGAGUGUUGGGGCAGGAGCAUCCUUCUACGCUGAUCAGUAUAGGCAACCUGGCCUUGACAUACAACAAUCAAGGGCAAUGGAAGGAGGCUGAAGAACUGUUUGUGCAAGUGAUGGAGACGAGUUUGAGGGUGCUGGGGCAGGAGCAUCCAGAUACGCUGGCCAGCAUGGGCAACCUGGCGUCGACAUACAGUAAUCAAGGGCGAUGGAAGGAGGCCGAAGAGCUAGAGGUGCAAGUGAUAGAGACGAGUAAGAGGGUGUUGGGACAGGAGCAUCCAGACACGCUGACCGGCAUGAAUAGUCUGGCGUUGACAUACAAGAAUCAAGGGCGAUGGAAGGAGGCCGAAGAGCUAGUGGUGGAAGUGAUGGAGACGAGAAACAGGGUGCUGGGGCAGGAGCAUCCAGACACGCUAAACAUUAUGAACAAUCUUGCAAUUACCAUGAAGGAGCAAGGCAGAAAAGGGGAGGCCAUUAAACUCAUGGCGGAGUGUGUCCAACUACAAAAACGGGUCCUACCUACUGAGCAUCCUGACGCUCUUUCUUCUGCUUUAACCUUAGCUAAGUGGAAAAGUGUCAGGUUAUUAGGUACACAUUAA